AUGUCAGACAACAUUUUCCUUGCACAAGAAUUAAUUCGUGGCUACUCCAGGAAGAGGAUUUCUCCGAGAUGCAUGAUUAAAGUUGAUCUCAAAAAGGCAUAUGACACCAUUGAUUGGGAUUUCAUUAAGGAGGCGUUGGAGGGUCUUCGCUUUCCAACAAAAUUCAUUGAUUGGAUCAUGGAAUGUGUAAGCUCAACAUCAUUCUCAAUUUCAGUUAAUGGCUGCCUUUAUGGACAUUUUGAUGGGAAAAGAGGCCUGCGACAGGGGGAUCCAAUAUCCCCUCUCAUCUUUACCAUUUGCAUUGAGUACUUCUCACGGGUACUCAAAACUAAGGCUCACAGCCCACUUUUCACCUUUCAUCCGAAAUGCUCCCAGUUGGGUAUUACACACCUCGCCUUUGCAGAUGAUUUAAUGCUUUUCUCAAAAGGAAAUCCAGCAUCGGUCACCAUCCUCCUUAAUGCUCUAAAGGAGUUGGAAGAAACUUCGGGGUUAACUGUUAGCAUUGAAAAAUCUAACAUCUUUGUAGCAGGGAUCCAGGAUAAUAGACUGGAUUUUUCAGGAAUGCCAAAAGGCCAACUCCCGGUAAAAUACCUGGGCAUUCCUCUUGAUGGGCAGAGGCUCAAAGUUGCUCAAUUUUCCCCCCUCAUUACAGCAAUCACUCGGUUAAUCGAAAAAUGGAAGGGAUGCACCUUGUCAUAUGCUGGACGACUUGAGCUCAUAAUUUCAGUAAUCCAAGGUACUAUUAGUUUUUGGAUUCAAAAUUUUCCCCUUCCUGCUAAUGUGAUUGAUCAUGUAGCAUUUCUUUGGGGACGGCGAGUUUCCCUAAUCACUUGGGAUAAGAUUUGCUUUCCAAAGGAAGAAGGAGGGCUUGGCAUCCAUGAUUUUAAAGUUUGGAACACAUCCUUCUUCUCAAAGGUUUUGUGGGACAUACACUCCAAGAGGGACUCGCUUUGGAUCCGUUGGGUAAAUUCUGUCUAUCUAAAUGGUAAUGAUGUUUGGGAAUUCUGCCCAAAUAAGAGGGACUCUGCGUUAUUCAAGAAGAUUUUUGAAGCCCGAGACAAGAUCUCACUGGCCAAGGGAGGAGUGCAAAAUGCAAAGGAAUUCCUUCAUAACUCUGUGAACAACAACAAGUUUCAGGUUUCACAGAUCUAUGACCUUCUUCGAGAGAAAUCUCAACCAGCUUUUGCAUGGAGAUUUGUAUGGAGAUCUUACAUUCCCCGCAAAUUUUCAUUUAUCACAUGGCUUGCCGUUCAUCAAAGGAUACCAACAAAGGAUAGACUUGCUUUUCUUGACAUCAAUACCGACUGUUCAAUGUGUGUGGGUGAUAAAGAAACGGCUCAACACCUCUUCUUUAAAUGCCCCUUUUCAUUACAAGUUUGGAAUCAAGUCCGGAUGCAUUUUGGGUUUCACAAAUGCACGAAUGCAAUCAAGAGCUCAAUCAAGUGGAUCAACAGAUUGCACGGAGGAGCACGCUUGCGUUCGAAGGCAAUUACCAUUGCUCUUAUUUGCACAAUUUAUCACUUAUGGAGAAACCGAAAUAGAGUUCACCACGAUGAAGAUCGGUUGCCCAUCGAUGGCCUAGUGAAAAACAUCGCCAAAGACGUGUACCGAGUCAUCUUCUACCUUUAUCCCAUUACAUAA